AUGGGAAAUAAUAUAUCAAUCUUUACUGACAUUGCAGCCAUUGGAAGCUAUGUAAGUGAACUAGGUGAUGUUUAUUAUGAAAAGAGCAUUGGGAGUGCAAGAUUUAUGAAGACAUUACGUGGAAGGCAUAAAGACGGACACGUUGUCAUUAAAUUAUAUAUUAAACCUGAGUCUGGUAUGAAUCUUUCUAAGCAAGUGAAACAAAUAAAAGAGGAAUCUAAAACAUUGACCAAUGUACCAAAUGCAUUCUAUUUUCAACGAGUUUUGGAAACAGAUCGAGCCACUUAUCUUGUACGUCAGUAUCUUUAUAGUAGCUUGUAUGAUAGAAUAAGUAUUCGACCUUUUCUUACGAUUAUUGAAAAGAAAUGGAUUGCAUAUCAAUUAUUAAGAGGCAUCGAAGAUUCGCAUGCUAAUAAAGUGUAUCAUGGUGAUAUUAAGACAGAAAAUGUGCUUGUAACUACUUGGAAUUGGGUUUAUUUAGUAGAUUAUGCAUUUUAUAAACCAACUUAUUUGCCCGAAAAUAACCCUGCGGAUUUUUCAUUUUUCUUUGAUACAUCUUACAGAAGAACAUGCUACAUCGCUCCUGAACGAUUUUAUAAGUCUGGAACUGAAAUAGAUCAAAGAAUGAAAUUAAUGCCUGAAAAUAGUUUUAAAAGUGAAAUAACACCAGAAAUGGAUAUAUUCUCGGCUGGUUGUGUCAUUGCAGAAUUGUUUUUAGAGGGUACUCCUCUAUUUACUUUAUCUCAGUUAUUUAAAUACAGAAAUAAUGAAUAUAAUCCAGAUAUAAGUUUAGAACAAAUUGAGGAUAAACAUAUUAGAGAUAUGGUCAGACAUAUGAUUCAAGUGGAUCCUUUAAAACGAUUAUCAGCUACAGAAUAUCUUUCAAAAUGGCAUGGAACAGCGUUUCCGCAUUAUUUUUAUUCGUUUCUAUACCCUUAUAUGUCUUCAUUAAACCAAAAACAAAAACAUAAACAACCUUCCCAACAAAUAGAUUCUGCUAUUAUGUCGGCUUUAUCUUCUGCUUAUCCAAGCAUUAAUAGGAGUCAAAAAUUAACUGAUGCGGAUGAAAAAAUUGAACGUGUGUUUCAUGAUUUUCAAAAAAUCAUGCAUUUUGUUUCCUGUCCGAAGAAACUGUCAUCUAACAAAAUUACUACCGCGUCUAUUUUAUUACCACCUACUUCAAAUAUACCAACAUUCUGUCCAGUCAAUGAUAAUUCAGAAAAAACAUCGAUUAUAUGUAAACCAGAAGGCAAAAACACAUUAUAUCCCAGUUCAAAAUUAAAAGUUUUGGAUAUUUUAUUAACUCUUAGCGAACGACUUCCAGAUGACGCUAAAUUAGAUCGUUUGGUUCCCUAUCUUAUUAUUUUACUAUCUGAUGAGGUAGCGCUUGUAAGAGCAAAUGCUAUCAAAGUUUUAACUCAUGUGCUUUGUACAGUAGAAUCAAUAUCGCCUAUUAAUGCGCAUAUUUUUCCAGAAUAUAUUAUACCCAACAUACGUCCAUUUUCAACUGAUCCUGAUGUACUUGUUCGAUUAACAUAUGCUAGUUGUAUUGCAUCACUAGCAGAGACUGCUCUAAGGUUUUUAGAAAUGACACAGUUAUUAAAAGCGGAUAACAUUUACUCAAUUCAAGACAUGGGCUCAGAAGAUCUUGAUUUUGAGUCUGCCUAUGAUUCAUCUUUGCAAGACUUACAAGCAGUCAUUCAAGAGCAAGCAACCAUUUUAUUGAUUGAUCCGGAAAGCUCAGUAAAGCGCGCCUUAUUAGCCAACAUAACGUGUUUAUGUGUCUUUUUUGGACGACAAAAGGCAAACGAUGUACUUUUGAGCCAUAUGAUCACUUAUUUAAAUGAUAAAGACUGGAUGUUACGAAGUGCAUUCUUUGAGAGCAUUAAAGGUGUAGGUACAUUUGUCGGUGCUCGAAGCCUAGAAGAAUAUAUUUUACCUUUGAUGAUCCAAGCCUUAACAGAUGCAGAAGAAUUUGUCGUUGAAAAAGUAUUAAACUCAUUUACCAGUUUAGCUGAUCUUGGACUAUUUCAAAAAAUGAAGCUAUGGGAAUUAAUUGACAUCAUUUGUCCCUUGAUCUGUCAUCCUAACGGUUGGAUUCGACAUGGUGCAGUAGGAUUUAUUUCUUCAGCUAUCAAACAUUUACCAAAGACGGAUCUCUGGUGUAUUGUCUAUCCAACCCUAAGAUCAUUUUUGAGAUCAGAUAUAGCCGAUUUUGAUGAAGAGAGUUUGUUUGGAAGUAUCGAGACACCACUUUCUCGACAAGUAUAUGAACAAGCCAUUCUAUGGGCCUCAAAGGCUACAUCGCAAUCCAAUUUUUGGAAACAAAGUAGUCAAUUAUCAUCUUUAACUUCUUCUAAAGAGGAUGAUCUAUUUUUGGAGCGUUUAAGAAGCUUUGGUAUGUCCAUCGAAGAUGAAGAAAAAUUACGGUCAAUGCGAAAGUACAUUUAUAAAGUGUCCAAGACGAGUCGGUUAAAGAAUGAAGAUCAAAGUCUAAAUAGAGGAGAGAUUUUGUUGAAAAGUUUGAAUAUGACACCAAUGACAGUCUUUCUACCCGAUUUAUCACAAAAAUUACGAGUAAAAAGAGUAUAUAGUGAAUCAAGUAAACAGCCAAUGAGUAUACAACGAGAAGAGGAUAUAUGCAAAUUGAACCGUAUUGCCAGUCAACCUCAUAUUCAAGCUAUGUCAUCAUCAAUUCCUAUUCAACAUAAUUCACCUACACCUAGUCCUUCUGACUAUCAUUUUGGGUCGAGUUUACCUAAAAGUCUUGAAAGAUCAAAAAGUAUGAUGCCUGACUCAGUUAAAAAUAAGAAUAAUCCUAUAAUAGAAUUAAAUGUGUUAUCUAAACAAAUCAUGGGUGAUAAUGAAAGUCUAUAUAACAUGAGUUCUACUGGCUAUGCUCAUUUACAAAAAUUGUUAUAUAGUAUUGCGAUGAAAGCAUUCCCACCUCAUAUUCCAGAAUUCUUAGGGGAUACUGCGGUCAUGAAACGAAUUAAGAAGCUAACUAAUAAUAUGACUCGAACUGUAUCCUCAUACUGGAAACCAGAAGGUACUUUAGUUGCUCAUUUCACCGAGCAUACGGCUGCUAUUAAUCAACUUGCUAUCUCAUUUGACCAUCUUUUGUUUGCAUCUUGUUCAGAUGACGGUUCAGUAAAGAUCUGGGAUUGCUCAAGACUAGAAAGAAAUGUUACAAACCGAUCUCGAGCAACUUAUAACCAGCAAGGAGGCCGCAUUAAAUGUAUUACAUUUAUUGAACAAACGUAUAGUAUUGCCUCUGCUUCAGAUAAUGGUAGUAUUCACAUAUUUCGGGUGGAUAUUCGUAAUUCAGGAAGCGCUGCUUUCAAGUUUGGAAAGUGUAUUCCAGUUCGAGAAUAUCAAUUAAAAGAUGAAUACGCCAUAUUGAUAAAGCAUUUUACGAGUAAUGCUUCUAAUAUGAUGGUUGGAUCUAAAUCAAUUCUUUUGUUUGCUACCACCAAAAGCACUAUCUAUGCCCUAGAUUUAAUGACGAUGGAAAUUAUCUGGAAGCUUCAAAAUUCGAAAAGUCAUGGCGUUAUUACAGCCAUGAUCACAGAUCCGAACAAUAUGUGGCUCUUGGUCGGUACGAUGCGAGGUAUUCUAACGUUAUAUGAUUUAAGAUUUCAAAUUCCUCUUCGAUCAUGGCUUCAUCCUACUAAAAGUCGAAUUAAUGCACUCUCCUUGGCGAAUCAUGAUAAAACGUGGGUUAGGAUUGCAUCUGGAAGAAACGAGAUAUCAGUAUGGGAUCUCAAAAGUUUGACAUGUCUUGAAGUAUUUGCUGUUAAAUCUGGAGAUGAAAAAAUGACAGGCGUACUUUUAGAUUCUUAUAAGGCACUAAAGACACCUAGUAAUCGAGAAAUAUUACUUUAUGCUUUUACAAAUAACGAAUCAAAUUUAACAGAGAAUUCGAUUAGAGCUAUUGCUCCUUCAUCAGGUUCACAUUUCAUGAUUACAGGUGGUAUGGAUCGUAAAAUUAGGUAUUGGGAUCUAUCUCAUGUUGAAAACUCAUUUACAGUCUUGGGAUUAGACAUAGAUGAGCCUAAACCAAGAUACAGCACAAAUAUUUUUGAAAAUAUGAAAUUUCAUUUUGAAUUUCAACAAACAAACAAAAAUAUGAAUUCAACACGUACAACACUAACUCAAGUAGGAAGUACUGCAGUAGUUCAACAACAGCAUUUGAUGCAGAAUCAUACAGAUGCCAUUACUGAUAUUAUCAUUACUGAAAGACCUUAUAUGAUGAUUAUUAGUGGAGACAGAGAUGGUGUUAUCAAGAUUGUAUCCUAA